AUGGGCAGAAAGCAACCUCAUGAAGUUCAACAAAGGGAAAUGCAAAGUUCUCCCCUUCUGAGGGGGAAUAAUCUUAUGCACAAGCACAGGCUGGGGGUCAACCAGGUGGAGAGUAGCUUUGCAGAAAAGGACCUGCGAAUCCUUGUGGACAACAAGUUAACCAGGAGCCAGCAACAUGCCCUUGUGCAAAGACAGCCAAUGGCGCUUGGAAAAGGCUUUACGAGGGGGGUUUUGCUGUCAACAGGGUCCUUUCUGGUUUAUGAAACUUACAGGCUGAUUUCUCGCUCUGCUGAGGUUCAUGCAAGCUUCAAAGUAGAAGAAGUUAUAGAGCAAGCAGAUUACCUGUAUGGGAGUGGAGAAACUGAAAAACUCUAUCGGUUGCUGGUUCAACAUAAAAAUAGCGAGGAUGCAGAGCUGUUGUGGCGGCUGGCACGGGCAUCACGUGAUCUAGCUCAGCUUAGUAGUACUUCUACAGAGGAAAAAAAGCAACUGGUUUAUGAAGCCCUUGAGUAUGCAAAAAAGGCACUUGAAAAAAACGAAUCCAACUUUGCAGCACACAAGUGGUAUGCAAUUUGUAUCAGUGAUGUUGGAGAUUAUGAAGGAAUCAAGGCUAAAAUUGCAAACGCCUUUGUUAUCAAAGAGCAUUUCCAGAAAGCCAUUGAACUGAAUCCAAAAGAUGCUACAUCAAUUCAUCUUAUGGGCAUUUGGUGUUACUCCUUUGCUGAAAUGCCAUGGUACCAAAGGAAAAUAGCUGCAAUGCUAUUUGCAACACCUCCAACAUCCACAUAUAAAGAGGCUCUUCGUUAUUUCCACAUGGCAGAAGAAGCUGAUCCCAAUUUCUACAGCAAAAAUUUGCUCUUUUUGGGAAAGACAUACCUGAAGUUAAACAACAAAAAGAUGGCUCUCUUGUGGUUAAGCAAAGCCAAAGACUAUCCUGCGCAUACAGAGGAGGACAAACAGGUACAGAAAGAAGCUUUGGAGCUGCUUAAUUCUAUAUAACAAGAAGCAAGAUAUUGGGAAUACAGUACCUCAGAUGUGACCAGCAUAGGGAGAAAACCCACUACUUCUGUUUGUAGAAUUCCUUUAUUAAAAAUACAGCCUAAACUUCC